AUGGCGUACACCGAGAGGAACGGACUUGCGCAUGGAUUGGCGGGCUUGAGGAUUGAAACUUCAUUUCCUCGAACCAGUUCCCGAUGGGGCAAUGAAGAUGGGAGGAAAGAGACAGAAGAGGGCGAUGGUAUCCAGAGCGACCACAUCAAUGAAUCUCAUGAUUACAACGCGCGUCGCCGCGAUACUGAUGAAGACCACAGUGUGUUAAGUGAUCUCCACUCAGCGACCCCUCCCAUUUCUGUCCCGCGCCCCGACGAGCAGCCAACGGACAACGAUGAAGACUUUCCACACAAACCCGACGAUAUUCAGGGCUCUCCACUUGACAGCUACUUGCAAAAUCGUCGCCCCUCUAUCAGUUUCAACCCGACGGUCUCUGUGGACUCUGGUAAUCAAAUCCCUCUGGAGGAGCCACUUUCGAUUGGUGAUGUGAAGAACCGACCACCGCAACGAUUCGAGUCUCGCAGCUCAGGACUGCGCAAUGCACUUUCUCAAGACGACGAGACGAUCGCUUCGCCGCACGACUCCAUGUGGAGUCCCAAACGAUCCCAGGCUCGGAGUUUCCCGACCGGACAAUCCCGACCGCAGCCUGUUGCGAAAUCUGACGAUGCUUCAGGCAUGGGAACGGAGAUCGAUCACCCGACGUCACUUACAUCACAGUCAACCGUAUCUCCGACGAGCGAGGUGCGAACUCCGCCCGAUGAUUCCAACUCAACGAUGCUAUCGCCGUUCUGCAUGGCAUCGCCAAAUCAAUCGUUCCCGUCGCCAGAAGACCGCAGUUCAUGGUCUGGAAGCAUCAUGACUCCUUUCGGAAGCAAGUCCCGCAGUUCUGUUCUCGACCGCAGUAGCAGUCUGCGCAACUCUACACGCCAUAGUUCUCGUCGUUCUACUACCUCUAGUGGCAAAUCUCCUGCCAGUAUGUUUCUUUCCAUGUGGAGCAACCAUGAAGAGCCUGCUCCACAGCCCGAUGACGAAGGACAGAUGGUUGGAACAGACUAUGUCCUUGGAAAGCAAAUCGGGUUUGGGGGGUUCAGCACCGUGAAAGAGGCCUAUAAGGUCGAAGAGCACGGUGAAACCAAACGGCUCGCGGUCAAGAUUGUAAAGAGAAUCAUCACAGACCGAAGUGAGAAGGAAAACGACGAGGUACAGGCAGAGUUUGACCACGAGGUGCGAGUUUGGCGGUAUCUAAACCACCCGCAUAUUUUGACGCUUGAUGCCGUGUACGAAACAGAAUACGCCACGUUUUGCUUCACUAAGUUUGCUAUUGGUGGCACUCUUUUCGACCUUGUGCGUCAGAACCGAUCAGGUCUUGACACAAAUCUUGCAAAGAAAUACACCUACCAGCUAGCCAGUGCUAUCCGCUACCUCCACGAAGAUGCCCACGUUGUUCAUCGAGAUAUCAAGCUCGAGAACUGCUUGCUUGAUCCUAUUGAAGCAGCGGACGGCACAAUCUCUUCGAACUUGAUUCUCUGUGAUUUCGGAAUGGCGGAAUGGAUGUCCGUCGACGAUGGCGGGGACUCCCCAGAUCCCUACGACGACGCAGCUGACCGUCCCCCGCUCAAAAACAUCGGUCCUGCGGGCUCUAGUACCAGUGUCGCAGGUAGCUUGGAAUAUGCAUCUCCCGAAUUACUCCAAUCAGAAGACGGCAUGAUCCACCCUGCAGUCGACAUCUGGGCACUCGGCGUCAUCGUCUUCACUGUUGUCGUUGGUUCACGUCCCUUCCAGGAUGCAUUUGCACCUCGCAUCCAAGCAAAUAUUCUCAGCGGCACCUGGAACCAAGACGCUGUUUCCGGCGAGGCCGCAGACCCAACGAUCUGCAAGGAUCGUCAAGACGCCCUCGACUUGAUCCGAGGUUGUCUAGAAAUGGACAUGAACAAGCGUUGGACCAUCAGUGACAUCAUGUCAUGCGCUUGGCUGCGUGAAGUCGCCGAGACUGAACCCUCCGACACCGUAUGGAAACUAUGA